AUGGCUAAAUUAUCUGUUCCAAUUUCCCCACCUAUGGAGUCAACGGGUGAUAGGUUGAUGACCUUAGAAACCCAAGAUGGUAUUGCCUUACAAGGUUAUUCAUUUGGAGCUGAGGUCCCAGCUGCAGGUGAAGUGGUUUUCCAAACUGGUAUGGUUGGUUACCCUGAAUCCAUCACUGAUCCUUCUUAUGAAGGUCAAAUUUUGGUCAUUACAUACCCAUUGGUUGGUAAUUAUGGUGUACCAGACAGAAAAUUAUUAGAUGACGACUACACCCCAGCAUUGCCAAAAUAUUUUGAGUCGAACAGAAUCCACAUUGCUGGUUUGGUUGUUGCUCAUUACACUGAAGAGUUUUCCCAUUUCUUGGCCAAAUCAUCUUUGGGCCAAUGGUUGAAGGAGCAAAAUAUUCCUGCCAUCUAUGGUGUUGACACUAGAUCUUUGACCAAGAGAUUGAGAGAAAAAGGUUCAACUUUGGGUAGAUUGGCUUUACAAAAAUCAGGUGUCAAGUCAGAAGAAGUCAUUGCUGACAAGUCAGGCAAUUGGAAACAAUAUUUCGAAAUUCCUGAAUUUGAUGAUCCAAAUGUCAAGAAUUUGGUCGAUAAAGUUUCAAUCAAAGAGCCAGUCUUGUAUGCUCCAAAAGAUAACAUCAAAUUGGGUAAAGAUGGAAAGCCAAUUAGAAUUGUUGUUAUCGAUGUUGGUAUGAAAUACAAUCAAAUUAGAUGCUUUGUUAGAAGAGGUGUUGAAUUAUUGGUUGUUCCAUGGGACUACGAUUUCACCAAAGAAGAGUACGACGGUUUGUUUAUCUCCAAUGGUCCUGGUGAUCCAGCUGUUAUGGAUGAGACUGUCUCCAGGUUACAAAAGGCCUUGAAAGAAGCCAAAACUCCUAUCUUUGGUAUUUGUCUCGGUCAUCAAUUGAUGGCAAGAGCUAGUGGAGCUUCAACCUUGAAAUUGAAAUUUGGUAAUCGUGGUCACAAUAUUCCAUGUACAUCAACAAUUUCUGGAAGAUGUUACAUCACCUCCCAAAACCAUGGUUAUGCAGUUGACACCAACACAUUGGCUGAUGGAUGGAAAGAAUUAUUUGUUAAUGCAAACGAUGGUUCAAAUGAGGGUAUCUAUCAUGAAACAAAACCAUUUUUUUCUGUCCAAUUCCAUCCAGAAUCAACUCCUGGCCCUAGAGAUACUGAGUUUUUGUUUGAUGUUUUCAUUAACGCUGUCGUUGAUUACAACAAAACUGGUGUUUACAAACAAGUUGAGUUCCCAGGUGGAAAAUUGGCUGACAACUUGGCAGCUCAUCCAAAAGUUAAUGUCAAGAAAGUCUUGGUCUUGGGAUCGGGUGGUUUAUCCAUUGGUCAAGCAGGUGAAUUCGAUUACUCCGGAUCUCAAGCUAUUAAAGCCUUGAAAGAAGAAGGUAUUUACACCAUUUUGAUCAAUCCAAAUAUUGCCACCAUUCAAACCUCAAAAGGGUUGGCUGAUAAAGUAUACUUCCUCCCAGUCAAUCCUGAGUUUGUUAGAAAAGUUAUUGAACACGAACGUCCAGAUGGUAUUUAUUGUACUUUUGGUGGUCAAACAGCUUUAAGUGUUGGUAUUGCAUUGAAGGAUGAAUUUGAAGGCUUGGGUGUGAAAGUCUUGGGUACCCCAAUUGACACUGUUAUCACUACCGAGGAUAGAGAGUUGUUUGCCACUGCUAUGUCCGAAAUUGGUGAAAAGUGUGCCAGAUCCGAAGCUUGUAACAAUGUUCAAGAAGCCGUUGAUGCCGCCAAUGCAAUUGGUUACCCAUUGAUUGUAAGAGCUGCUUAUGCUUUGGGUGGUUUGGGUUCAGGUUUUGCUGACAACGAACAAGAAUUGGUUGCUUUAUGUAACAAGGCUUUUGCUACAUCACCACAAGUUUUGGUUGAAAAAUCAAUGAAAGGCUGGAAAGAAGUGGAAUAUGAAGUUGUACGUGACGCUUUUGACAAUUGUAUUACAGUCUGUAACAUGGAAAACUUUGAUCCAUUGGGUAUUCACACUGGUGAUUCUAUUGUUGUUGCCCCAUCUCAAACUCUAUCUGAUGAAGAUUACAAUAUGUUGAGAACUACUGCUGUCAAUGUCAUUAGACAUUUGGGAGUUGUUGGUGAAUGUAACAUCCAAUAUGCAUUGAACCCAUUUUCAAAAGAGUACUGUAUCAUCGAAGUGAAUGCUAGAUUGUCUCGUUCUUCGGCUUUAGCCUCGAAAGCCACUGGUUAUCCAUUGGCAUACACAGCUGCUAAAUUGGGAUUGAACAUUCCGUUGAACGAAGUUAAAAACAAUGUAACCAGAUCUACCUGUGCUUGUUUUGAGCCUUCUUUGGAUUACGUUGUUGUCAAGAUUCCAAGAUGGGAUUUGAAGAAAUUUACCCGUGUCUCAUCAUUAUUGUCAUCUGCUAUGAAAUCCGUUGGUGAAGUCAUGUCUAUUGGUAGAACAUUUGAAGAAGCUAUUCAAAAGGCAAUCAGAUCUACUGACUACCAUAAUUUGGGAUUCAACAAGACUGCCGCUUUGAUGUCAAUUGAUAUUGACCAAGAAUUGCAAACCCCGUCAGAUCAACGUUUGUUUGCUAUUGCUAAUGCAUUGUCUGAUGGUUAUUCAGUCGAUAAGGUUUGGAAGUUGACCAACAUUGAUAAAUGGUUCUUGAACAAGUUGGAUGGAUUGAUCAAAUUUGGUAACAAGAUUGCCAGCUAUGGUAAGAAAGAAAACUUGCCAGUAUCAAUUAUCAGACAAGCUAAACAAUUGGGUUUUGAAGAUAGACAAAUUGCCAAGUUUGUUGACAGUAAUGAAGUUGCUAUUAGAAGAUUGAGGAAAGAUGCUGGUGUCAUUCCAUUUGUCAAACAAAUUGAUACUGUUGCAGCCGAAUUUCCAGCAUUCACCAACUACUUGUACGUAACCUACAAUGCUGAUUCUUCCGAUGUCACCUUCGAUGACAAUGGUGUCAUUGUUUUAGGUUCAGGUGUUUACAGAAUUGGUUCCUCAGUCGAGUUCGAUUGGUGUGCUGUUAGAGCCAUUAGAACCUUGCGUGAAAACAAGAUCAAGACUGUUAUGAUCAACUAUAACCCUGAAACCGUUUCAACUGAUUACGAUGAGGCUGAUAGAUUGUACUUUGAAACCAUCAAUUUGGAAAGAGUGUUGGAUAUCUACGAAUUGGAACAAUCUGCAGGUGUUAUUAUCUCCAUGGGUGGUCAAACCUCGAACAAUAUUGCUUUGCCAUUGUAUAGACAAAAUGUCAAGAUCUUGGGUACAUCACCAGAAAUGAUUGAUUCAGCUGAAAACAGAUACAAGUUCUCAAGAAUGUUGGAUAAAAUCGGUGUUGAUCAACCAGCAUGGAAGGAAUUGACCUCCAUUGACGAGGCAGAGGACUUUGCUAACAAGGUUGGAUACCCAGUCUUGGUUCGUCCAUCUUAUGUCUUGUCAGGUGCAGCUAUGAAUACCGUUUACUCCAAGGAUGAUUUAGCAUCAUACUUGACCCAAGCCGUUGACGUUUCACCAGAUUACCCAGUUGUUAUCACUAAAUAUAUUGAAAACGCUAAAGAAAUUGAAAUGGAUGCUGUUGCCAAGGAUGGUAAAAUGAUUAUGCACGUUGUUUCUGAGCAUGUUGAAAAUGCUGGUGUUCACUCUGGUGAUGCUACUUUGAUUGUUCCACCCCAAGAUUUGGACCCUGAAACCGUUAGAAGAAUUGUUGAAGCAACCGCCAAGAUUGGUAAGGCUUUGGAUAUCACUGGUCCUUACAACAUCCAAUUCAUUGCUAAGGACAACGACAUCAAGGUUAUUGAAUGUAAUGUUAGAGCUUCAAGAUCUUGCCCAUUUGUGUCCAAGGUUGUUGGUGUUGACUUGGUUGAAAUGGCCACUAAAGCUAUCAUGGACUUGCCAGUCACACCAUACCCAGGUGAAAGAUUACCAGAUGAUUAUUGUGCUGUCAAGGUGCCACAAUUUUCAUUCUCGAGAUUGGCUGGUGCUGAUCCUGUUCUCGGUGUCGAAAUGGCUUCCACCGGUGAAGUUGCCACUUUUGGUAGAAACAAAUAUGAAGCUUACUUGAAAUCUUUGUUAUCCACUGGUUUCAAAUUACCAAAGAAGAACAUCUUAUUUUCCAUUGGUUCAUAUAAGGAGAAACAAGAGUUAUUGCCAAGUAUUGCUAAAUUGAGUGAAUUGGGAUACAAGAUCUUUGCUACUGCUGGUACUGCUGAUUUUAUCAAGGAACAUGGUAUCAAGGUCCAUUACUUGGAAGUCUUGAGUAAGGAAGAAGAUCAAAAGUCCGAAUAUUCAUUAACUCAACAUUUGGCCAAUAACUUGAUUGAUUUGUAUGUCAACUUGCCAUCAGCAAACAGAUUCCGUCGUCCAGCUUCGUAUAUGUCCAAGGGUUACGAGUCUCGUCGUAUGGCUGUUGAUUUUGCCAUUCCAUUGGUCACUAAUGUCAAGAAUGCUAAAUUGUUGGUUGAAGCUAUUGCUAGAAAUAUUGCCAUGGACGUUUCCAACAGAGACGCUCAAACAUCCCAUGGUACCGCUACUUUGCCAGGUCUUAUUAAUAUUUCUUCAUUUGCCACUUCGUUCAAUGAGUUUGAGAAAACCACUAAGCAAUCAUUGGCUGCCGGUUUUACAUUUAAUGCCUUUUUGCCUCACACCCAAACUGGUGCCGCUGUAACUGAUUACCGAACCUUGGUUGAAGCCAUUGAUCAAGCUGGAGCUGAUGCUUACACUGAUUUUUCGUUUGCAAUUGCUGCAUCUGAAACCAAUUCACAAAGUGUAGCUGAUGCUGCUGAUAACGCUGGUGCGUUGUAUAUCCCAUUCAAUGACAUUGACGGAUCUAAAGUUUCAGCAGUCAAUGCUCAAUUCACCGCAUGGCCACAAACCAAACCGAUUGUUACUGAUUCCAAGGCUACAGACUUAGCAUCUGUUCUUUUGUUGGCAUCAUUAUACAACAGAUCAAUCCAUAUUACUAACGUAUCUUCCAAAGAGGACUUGGAUUUGAUUUUGAUGGCCAAGAACAAAGGGUUGUCAGUCACUUGUGAUGUUGCUGUUUUUACCUUGUUUAUUUCAAAAGAUGAUUUAGAUUAUCCAUUCUUGCCAACAAAGAAGGAUCAAGAAUACUUGUGGCAAAACUUGAAGGAUGUCGAUUGUUUCUCAACUGGUGUCUUGCCAUACUUGAUUGCAAAAGCAACUAACCAAAAGAUUGUUCCUGGUUUGGGAAUUAGUGAAACCAUUCCAUUGUUGUUAUCUGCCGUCAAUGAAGGAAAGCUUACAAUUGGUGAUAUUGUUGAAAAAUUCCACGACAAGCCAGCUAAAAUCUUCAACAUUCCAAAACAAGAUGCUCAAGUAAUCCUUGACUUAGAUAGGUAUUCAGAAGCUGAACCGGCUUAUCCUGAGUUUUCCAAAUUGAAAUUGAGAGGUGCAAUUGAGAGAGUGUCUUUCCAUAAUGAGACAGUUGUUCUCGAUGGUGCGGUAUUGGCUGAUUCUGCUUUGGGCAAGAAUGAAGUUGGAUCAAGAUCAAGAUUCAACUCAGUUACUGCUAUGCCACAAUCACCCGUAUUGAACCAGAAGAGGGUCUCAUUUUCAGGAUUGCGCCGUCCAUCAUUUGCUCCAAGCACACCGGAACCACAACCUGCCGAAUUUGAAAAAUUGGGUUCUGAGUUGGUUUCACAACCAGUUGCUGGCUCUUUAGGAGAAAUUGCUGCAUUGAGUGACUACAUUAGAAAGAACAACACUUUCUUGAGAAACAAUAUCUUAUCGGUUAAAGAUAUCACUAGAUCUGACUUGCAUUCAUUAUUCACUGUUGCUCAAGAAAUGAGAUUAGCUGUUGAAAGACAAGGUGUUUUGGAUAUUUUGAAAGGCAGGGUUUUGGCAACUAUGUUUUAUGAACCAUCAACCAGAACCUCCGCUUCAUUCGAUGCUGCCAUGCAAAGAUUGGGUGGUAGAGUUGUUGCCAUCAACUCAAAUGCAUCUUCAGUCAAGAAAGGUGAAACCUUGCAAGAUACCAUUAGAACUUUAUCUUGUUACUCGGAUGCUAUUGUUUUGAGACAUCCAAAAGAAGAAAGUGCUGACAUUGCUGCCAAAUAUUCUCCAGUUCCAAUCAUCAAUGCUGGUAAUGGAACGAAAGAACAUCCUACCCAAGCAUUGUUAGACUUGUUCACUAUUAGGGAAGAAUUGGGUACUGUUAAUGGAAUUACCGUCACUUUUAUGGGUGACUUGAAAUACGGUAGACCAGUACAUUCAUUGGUUCAUUUGUUGCGUCACUACCAUGUCAGAGUUCAAUUGGUUGCACCAAAAGAGUUGGAGAUUCCAAAGGAAAUUAGAGACUUGUUAAUUGAAAACAACAUGUUGGUUGCAGAAUCAGAAGCUUUGACUGAUGAUCUUAUUGCUAGGUCUGAUGUUUUGUAUUGUACCAGAGUUCAAGAAGAAAGAUUUGAAGAUAAACAACAAUAUGAAAGAUUGAAGGACACCUACAUUGUUGAUAACAAGAUCUUGAGUAAUGCCAAACAACACAUGUGUGUUAUGCAUCCAUUACCAAGAACUAAUGAGAUUAGAGAAGAAGUUGAUUUCGAUCAAAGAGCUGCAUACUUUAGACAAAUGAGACAUGGCUUGUUUAUUAGAAUGGCAUUGUUGGCCAUGGUUAUUGGUGUUGAUUUUUAA